AUGUCGGCGCCCCCUCAUCCCAUCUCUCCACCGCCUGGUGCGACGUCCGCUUCGUCGGGCGUGAGGCGCCACCAUACCAUCACAGCGACCUCUCGGGCGCGUGCAGGAGGCAGAAGCACUAUCUCGGAGGAACCUCAGGACGACGAGGGGUGGAACAACGAUGAGGUCGUCGACCAGGACUGGGUUGGAGCCGUCGGUGUCGUUGGAGAACUCAAGGGAUCCUCUCUCCAUCGGCAAAGCUCACUCCCGACACGAUACAAUCCGAGUCGAGCGUAUGGCCAGGCCACCCGUCAGUCGGGCACUUUGACGCCCCGCACCUUGAACAGCCUUUCGGCCAUCGCUGGCCAGGAGGGCGAGGAGGACGACUGGGAAAGAGAUCUUAGAGGUUUGAGAAGUGAGGAAGAGUCCGUCGAUCCCGCACAACACCAGGGCAUCGACAGCAACUCCCAGACAUCCUCCGGCCCGUCACCCAUGUCUCCGCACUUUUCUGCCAUACCUUCACCCCCACCCGCAGCUUCGGCUGGCGUACGAAGGCACCAGAGCUUAACCUAUGGUGCGGCCACCGGUGGUCCCAGGAAGAUGGCAACGUCUGGCCUGAGGCGUGCAGGCACCCUCCAGACCUCCAUCAGAGCACCUGGCGAACAUCCUCAGAGCCCGAGCCCGACCAACGCGGAGGAGGAGGUUUACGUCGAGGGCUCCGUGGAGGAUGAGCCCUCGUAUUUUGCGGCUAACACGCAAGGUCAGUACGCGACUAGCCCUAUUGGCGGCCGCUCACCUUGGAGUACUCCAGGGACAGAAUGGCGUGCUCCCGGCACUUCGAGCUUGGCCAAUAGCACCAACAGCAACGCUGCUAUCGAUGACGUCCAGCGAGCCCUUUCAUCCCUAGACAUCAACAACCAAAACCAGCAAGCUUAUCCCUCCAAUGCAUUCCCUGGUGGCCAGUCUACGCACCCUCCGCGCUUCAAUCCCAACCAGCCACCUCCUCAGCAAAUGCCCGGGAUGCGCCCAUCGAACGGGUACGACCAUAAUGGCGCCUCUCGGGGUCCCGAUGGCCGCAAGCUCCAGCUCGUCACUGAUCUCAAUGCCGGUAACAACGUCGCGCAAGGUGGUUCCUCCGGUCCAGCUAGUGCUUCCGCCUACGUUCCACCCAUUGGCCACGGAGUCCCACCGCAGAACAACGUGCAGCAAUCUCGAGGCCCCAAUGACCGUGACGACCGGGCAUUCACCGCUUCCGGCGCGUGGGAUCAGAAGGAGCGGGUCCUGCAGGGCCGAACGUCCAACCCGAACCUGUAUGCCUACCAACAACAACAGCAGAACAAGAAUGUCCCGAAUGUACCGCCCAUUCCAAGCCAGUAUGUCAAUCAGGGUAUGGGUAUGAACUCAAGAGCGGGCCUCAUGAGUCCCGGGCAGGGCCAAGGUGCUCUACCAGGCGCGCAGGCUCCUGGGUUGAUUACAUCUCCUAUUGACGUACCCACUCUCAUUGCUACGAAAGGGUAUAACCCUACUAACUUUGAUAUUCGCCCCGUCAAUGCUCGCUAUUUCGUUAUCAAGUCUUACACCGAAGAUGACGUCCACAAAUCUCUCAAGUAUGAGAUUUGGAGCUCGACGGAUCCUGGAAACAAGAGGCUCGACAAGGCGUUCAAGGAGACGGCCGCGAGAGGCCCCAUCUAUCUCUUCUUCAGUGUGAACGCGAGCGGUCACUUUUGCGGCAUGGCCGAAAUGCUGACGCCGGUCGAUUACACUCGGAGCAGUACCGUGUGGGCAUCCGAUAAGUGGAAGGGUGUCUUCAAAGUGCGAUGGAUCUUUGUCCGCGACAUUCCAAACGCCAAUCUGCGCCACAUCAGGCUCAAUAACACGCAAGAGAGGAAGCCUGUGACCAACUCACGCGAUACCCAAGAACUCAUGGCAGACGCCGGCCAGGAGAUGCUGCGUAUCUUCCAUUCCCAUCCCGCCCGGACGUCUCUUCUCCAAGAUUUCGCCUUCUAUGAGGUCGAUAUUCCUUUUUUUAUCACGCUUUUCCUCCAAUCCAUGCAGAAGCUUCAACAGCCUCAGCAACAGACCCCCGGUUCCCCUCCGAUGUCGCAUCCAAGCUCGCCUUCCCCACCCCAGCAAAAUGCCUACGCCAUGAACAACCCGGGCGCGCUCGUCGGUGGCUACGGUCAGCAGCCCAUGCCGGGGAUGCAGCAGAUGGCGCCGAUGAUGCAGAUGGGGAUGGGUUCAGCGUUCGUGAACCCUCACGCGAUGCAGAGCGUGAUGAGAAACCCGAGUCCGGUGCCUAUGGGUGGGCCGGGCAUGGGCCUUGGUAUGUCGGGACAGCCUGGGUACGCAAACAUGGGUGGUGUACCUGGAUUCAACGCGUAA